AACGGAGAAAACAGAAAGUAUACUACGAUAAAGAUACACAAUAAUAAACGAAAGACAAGGAAAUAGAAGAAAAAGAACAAAAGAGGGGAAAUAAAAAGAAGAGUGAAAGAACAAAAAAAGAGAAGCGUGAAUAGUGUGGUUUUGGAUUAAGUGCGAUAGUAAAGAAGGUUGUGGAAGAAAGAAGAAAGGUGCAUUAUACCUGGAAUACAUCCUGGAGUCCGAUGUUCAGAGUCGUAUGAUGGCCGGGGCUCUAUCUGAGAAUGCCCCGAGGCCUAUUAGUGUCGUCGCAGUAAGCGGUGCAACAAUUGAUAAUGCAAGAAGUAACCAGCUUAAUAGAUCGCAGGAAUCUCGUGACAAUGCACGAUCUUUUACUUCAACGGAAGCACAAACGGAACUCCCAUUGCAAGGUGCUUCAGAAGCGCUCGAAGAUCUCGAUGCUCGCGGUGCUCGUCGAAGAGAGAGACGAAUGCGAAGGCAACAUCGUCGAGCCUUAAGAUCAUGUUCGAUGCCACCAUCUUAUCCUGGGACAUCAGCGGGAUGUCAGGCAUCUUCAACCGCUCCUGGAGUACCGCUAGUUACUCCUACUAGAGGAUUUCUACAUCUUCCACCACCCCAUUUGGGUCUUAGGGGUCUUAGUCUUGGUCUACCAUUUCCGGUCUCGACCAGUGUUUCUCCAUUUGGCCGGGAUGCUGUACCGAAGCAAUGUUGUGGCCUCGGCUCCCCUCCUGUGCGCUGGUCCAUCCUGGGUGUCGGCGUAGUAGGUCUAGUGUGUGCGGGUGCUGGUGCCCUGUUAGGAGCCCUCAGGGCUUCUGGUCGCGAUCACAUUGCUGUUGCACUCCUUAUGAUCGGUAUAGGAGUGGUUCUGGUAACGGUGAGCGCUGUAGCGUGGCGAGUGACCAGUCGAGAAAAUUGCAGCAGUUUCUUUGGUUUCACGGGAAUCUCGAGCAGAAUCCCGCCAGCGAGGCCAAUCCAUCCGUAUGCUGCCAUGAUUUAUCCGGAAUUCCAAUUUAGAACGCCACCUCCGAGUUAUCAGGCAAGCAUGCAAGAGUACAGACUUAGGCUGCUCCUUUUGGAUCGAUUGCAGCCAACAUCUUCACCUCCACCGACUUACAGAUCGAAUGCUGGAAGCAUUGUGAAUCCUGGCACGAUUAGAGAAAGCAGACCGCCGAGCUAUUGCACCAGAUCGAACGUUGCAUCAAACACGAAUGUCACGCCAUCGAAAAAGGAUGCGAAUCUCGUUAGGAUUGUUCAGACUGAAUCGGAACCAGUAAUUUUGAACGGCGAUCAAACACCUCCGGUAGCUGCUGUUGAGGUGCUCGCACAUCUCUGAUUCAUUUUCAUCAUUUUGUAAUUACGAUUUGUUAUUGUGGCAAAAACAAUACAACAAUUGUCGUAAUUAAAGAU